GACCAAAAUGACUGACUCAAAAUAUUUUACCACCACCAAGAAAGGCGAGAUCUUCGAGCUGAAGGCCGAGCUCAACAGUGACAAGAAAGAGAAGAAGAAGGAGGCAGUAAAGAAAGUGAUUGCGUCGAUGACCGUGGGCAAAGAUGUCAGUGCCCUCUUCCCCGACGUGGUGAACUGCAUGCAGACUGACAACCUGGAGCUGAAGAAACUGGUGUACCUGUACUUGAUGAACUAUGCCAAGAGUCAGCCUGACAUGGCCAUUAUGGCCGUCAACACCUUUGUGAAGGACUGUGAAGACCCCAACCCCCUGAUCCGAGCCCUGGCCGUAAGGACCAUGGGCUGCAUCCGCGUGGACAAGAUCACCGAGUACCUGUGCGAGCCGCUCCGGAAGUGCCUGAAGGAUGAGGAUCCGUACGUGCGCAAGACAGCCGCUGUGUGUGUAGCCAAGCUCCACGAUAUUAACGCCCAGCUAGUGGAGGACCAGGGCUUCCUGGACACCCUCAAAGACCUCAUCUCUGACUCCAACCCCAUGGUGGUGGCAAACGCAGUAGCUGCCCUGUCAGAGAUCGCGGAGUCUCACCCCAGCAGCAACCUGCUCGACCUGAACCCACAGUCCAUCAACAAGCUACUGACGGCCCUGAACGAGUGCACUGAGUGGGGCCAGAUCUUCAUCCUGGACUGCCUGGCCAACUACACGCCCAAGGAUGACCGAGAGGCGCAGAGCAUCUGUGAGCGAGUCACCCCCAGAUUGUCCCAUGCCAACUCUGCCGUGGUGCUGUCUGCUGUGAAGGUGCUGAUGAAGUUUAUGGAAAUGUUGUCCAAGGACCUGGACUACUACGGGACCUUGCUCAAGAAGCUGGCCCCUCCACUGGUCACGCUGCUGUCAGCCGAGCCGGAGCUACAGUACGUGGCCCUGCGCAAUAUCAACCUCAUUGUACAGAAAAGGCCUGAGAUCCUGAAACAUGAGAUGAAGGUCUUCUUUGUGAAGUACAACGACCCCAUCUACGUGAAGCUGGAGAAGUUGGACAUCAUGAUCCGCCUGGCCUCCCAGGCCAACAUCGCCCAGGUCUUAGCAGAGCUGAAAGAAUACGCAACAGAGGUGGACGUGGACUUUGUGCGGAAGGCUGUGCGAGCCAUUGGCCGCUGUGCCAUCAAGGUGGAGCAAUCCGCGGAGCGCUGCGUGAGCACGCUGCUCGAUCUCAUCCAGACCAAGGUCAACUACGUGGUCCAGGAAGCCAUCGUGGUCAUCAAGGACAUCUUCCGCAAGUACCCCAACAAGUACGAGAGUGUAAUCGCCACGCUGUGUGAGAACCUGGACUCCCUGGACGAGCCCGAGGCCCGGGCCGCCAUGAUCUGGAUUGUGGGCGAGUACGCGGAGCGCAUCGACAACGCCGACGAGCUCCUGGAGAGCUUUCUCGAGGGCUUCCACGACGAGAGCACCCAGGUCCAGCUGCAGCUGCUCACAGCCAUUGUGAAACUCUUUCUGAAGAAGCCUACGGAGACCCAGGAGCUGGUGCAGCAGGUCCUAAGCCUGGCCACCCAGGACUCAGAUAACCCCGACCUACGGGACCGUGGCUACAUCUACUGGCGCUUGCUGUCCACCGAUCCAGUGGCGGCCAAGGAGGUGGUACUGGCUGAGAAGCCUCUCAUCUCGGAAGAGACGGACCUCAUCGAGCCCACACUGCUGGACGAGCUCAUCUGCUACAUCGGCACGCUGGCCUCCGUCUACCACAAGCCGCCCAGCGCCUUUGUGGAGGGCGGCCGCGGCGUGGUGCACAAGAGCCUGCCUCCCCGCACGGCCUCGAGCGAGAGCACAGAGAGCCCCGAGGCCGUCCCCACUGGAGCCCCCUCUGCUGAGCAGCCUGAUGUCAUUCCUCCUCAGGGAGAUCUGCUUGGAGACCUUCUCAACCUGGACCUGGGCCCCCCAGUCAGCGGCCCACCCCUUGCCGCCCCCUCUGUGCAGAUGGGAGCGGUGGAUCUUCUGGGUGGGGGCCUCGACAGCCUGAUGGGGGAUGAGUCGGAAGGGAUCGGAGGCACCAAUUUCACAGCCCCACCAGCAGCAGCUGUACCAGCCAACCUUGGGGCGCCCAUUGGCGGUGGCCUGAGUGACCUCUUUGACCUGACCAGUGGCGUGGGCACCCUGUCAGGAUCAUAUGUAGCCCCCAAAGCAGUCUGGCUCCCAGCCAUGAAGGCCAAGGGGCUGGAGAUCUCAGGCACCUUCACCCGCCAGGUGGGCUCCAUCUCCAUGGACCUCCAGCUGACCAACAAGGCCCUUCAGGUCAUGACUGACUUCGCCAUCCAGUUCAACCGCAACAGCUUUGGCCUGGCCCCCGCCGCCCCCCUUCAGGUCCACGCACCGCUCAGCCCCAACCAGACCGUGGAGAUCUCCCUGCCCCUCAACACGGUGGGCUCAGUCAUGAAGAUGGAGCCGCUCAACAAUCUGCAGGUAGCCGUGAAGAACAAUAUUGACGUCUUCUACUUCAGCACCUUGUAUCCACUGCACAUUCUCUUUGUAGAAGAUGGAAAGAUGGACCGACAGAUGUUCCUGGCCACCUGGAAGGACAUUCCCAAUGAGAACGAAACCCAGUACCAGAUCCGAGACUGUCCCCUCAGUGCAGAGGCUGUGAGCAGCAGACUGCAGAGCAGCAACAUCUUCACCGUCGCCAAGAGGAACGUGGAGGGUCAGGACAUGCUUUACCAGUCCCUGAAGCUGACCAACGGCAUCUGGGUGCUGGCCGAGCUGCGCAUCCAGCCAGGCAGCCCCAACCUCAUGGACUUGGAGCUAUCCCUGAAGUGUCGUGCACCAGAGGUGUCCCAGCACGUGUACCAGGCCUACGAGACCAUCCUUAAGAACUGAGGCCCACCCAGCUCCCGCUGCUGCCCGGCC